UAGCACGCCUGCUUAUUACAAGGCAAAAUCUGAUUUUGUUACACGACUAAUACCAGAUAAGGCAUGGGUAUUGAUAAAGAAAAUGUUUCUUGAAGAAGACAGCCCCAUGAUGAUAUUAGAUCCUUUUGGUGGAAGAAUGAGUCAAAUUUGCGAGUCUGAACUUCCAUUCCCACACAGGAAUGGGACAUUGUAUAACAUACAAUACUUGAUGAAUUGGAAGCACAAUAACCAAAAUGAGAGCAACAAGCAUAUUGAAUGGGUAAGAAGGCUCCAUAAGAAAAUGGAGCCAUUUGUUUCUCAAUCUCCUAAAGCUGCAUAUAUCAAUUACAGGGAUCUUGAUUUGGGGGUCAAUGGAGAGGGGUACAAGUAUGAAGAAGCAAAGACAUGGGGAGAAAUGUAUUUCAAAGACAAUUUUGAAAAGUUGGCAAGGAUAAAGAGUAAGGUUGAUCCUAACAACUUCUUUAGGAAUGAACAAAGUAUUCCACUUUUAUUUUGA